AUGGGCGUCCUGCUGCCAGGCUGUGUGGAGCUGGGGCUAGUGCUGCUCCUUGCCCUGGGGAUGGAGGCUCCCGCUGAGGGCUGCAGCUGCAUGCCUGCACACCCCCAGCAGCACUUCUGCAACUCCGAGAUAGUGAUCAGGGCAAAGGUUACUGGGGAGAAGAUCAUAUCUCCAAGCAACAACUCUUCACCCUACACAAAGAUAAUCCAAUACGAAAUCAAACUAAUCAAGAUGUUCAAAGGCUUUGACAAGGUGAAGGAUAUUCAGUAUGUCUACACAUCAGUCUAUUCCUCCUUGUGUGGGGUCAAGCUGGAUGCCACUAAUAAGGUCCAAUAUCUGCUAUCAGGUAAUAUGUGGAGUGAUGGGAAGGUGUCUAUUGGACUGUGUGAUUUCAUUGAGCCCUGGGACAACCUGUCCCUGUCACAGAAGAAAAACCUCAAUUACAGAUACCAGAUGGGCUGUGACUGUAGAAUCGCUACAUGUUAUUCAGUUCCCUGCUCCACCACGACUGAUAACGAGUGCCUCUGGACCGACUGGCUGAUAGACAACAGCCUGAGUGGGGAACAGGCACGCCAGUACGCAUGCAUCAAGCGCACUGAUGGCUCCUGCAGCUGGUACCGUGGAGGUCCAGCUCCAGACAAGGACUUCAUGGACAUGUCUGAUCCCUGA